AUGUCUACCCUCUCCCAAAUAUCCGACGUCUUUUGGGGUCUGGUAGGCCCCUGGAUUUUCCUCUCCAACACCUUCUAUUACCUGCCCCCCACCGUCCUCCGCCUCCUCCGCUCCGCUGACCUAGCUACCCUCACAUCCCCCUCCCGCCUUCAAGACGCCUGGUUCUCUGCCUUCUGGAGCUGGUGGGGCCCUAGAAUUCGUAUCGGCAACUCGGACCGCAUGGUCGCCCUACUCGAGGGCCGCGUCACGGGCGGCAGCGUUGUCGAGGACCCUGUACACCCGCCUGUCAGUGGUAUAGUGCUGGAGAUCGGCCCCGGGUCUGGGCUUUGGGUAAAUCUCUUCUCCAAGGGCGGCGAGAAACCCAAUGCAGCACAGGGCGGCGUGAGACGUAGAAUCGCGGAGGGCGUGUCGAAAGUUUACGGCGUAGAGCCCAAUGCCGGAGCCCACCCCGCACUCAGGAAGCGGGUGCAGGACGCUGGAUUGGAGGGCACGUACGAGAUCGUUCCCACGGGUAUCGAGUCCCUUUCCGACCCGACGGCAUGGAAUGGCAAAAUCGAAAAAGGCAGCGUCGACUGUAUCGUCUCGAUUCUCUGCUUGUGCAGCAUUCCCGAACCCGAGAAGAACAUCGCCGAGCUAUAUUCGUACCUGAAGAAGGGCGGAAGAUGGUACCUGUAUGAACAUGUCAAGGCGACGCGCAGCUGGCCCAUUCAGCUCUAUCAACGUUUCGUCAACCUCGUCUGGCCUCGUGCCUUAAAUGGCUGCCAGCUGUGUCGCGACACCCAAAGAAACCUGAGAUCUGCAGGGCCCUGGGAUAAGGUGGAUGUCGCGCCGCCACCCGCUGAACAGUGGUUCCAAGUGGUGCCUCACAUCUUCGGAACGUUCACCAAGUGA